AUGAAAAGGGCAAGUAUAGCUACAUUUUCCCCAAAGCAUUCUAGCAAGUAUGGUGUUAGAUCAAUUAGUUUGCCAACAAGAUCACAUCCAAGUACAGCUAGAAUUGAAGAGGAACUGAGCAAGCUUAAAUCACUGUGGGCAUCAUCAUCUACAUCAAAGGUGGAAACCAUUUGCUGUGGUCUAUCUGGCCUUUCAGAAUUGUACAAAUGCAUUGAAGAUCUUUUGAGGUUGCCGUUGACCCAACAAGCAUUAGGGAAACACCAAAAUGAGAAAUGGGUGAAUGAGAUGCUAGAUUGCCCAGUAGGAUUCUUGGACCUAUUGGGCAUAACAAGGGAUGCCAUUCUGUUAAUGAAAGCAAGAGUUGAGGAACUUCAGUCUGCAAUUAGAAGGAGAAGGGUUGGUGAUUUUGACAUGGAGAGCCAUCUUUCUACAUAUUGGAGGCUCAGAAGGAGCACCAGGAAGGAGUGCACAAAAUCUCUGCUUGUUUUGAAGCAGAUGGAUCAAGAGUCAUUUGGGGCUUCUCUUCCAGGGGAUCUUAAUGACCACCUGUCCGCAGUGGUAAGAGUGCUAAGAGAAGCUAGUUGGAUCACCAGCUCCAUCUUUCAGUCCCUUGUUGUGUUCUUUUCUUCACCAAUCUUGAAACUAAAGCCUAAUAAGUGGGCCUUUGUCUCAAGAUUGAUGCAGAAGGGGGUGUUUACUUACAACAAUCAACAGGAAAAUAUAAAUGAAUUGGAAAAGGUGGACUUUGCCUUUAACAGCUUGAUUGUGGACAAUCUGAGCAAAGAUGCUGAGGCUGAGAAGACUCAAUCUGCACAUGGAAGGUUAGAAGCUCUGGUGGUUGCCAUUGAAGAAAUUGAAAAUGGAUUGGAAUCCUUGUUUAAGCGCCUGAUUAAUACUAGAGUGUGUUUUCUGAAUAUAUUUGGUCCUUAA